AUGGCCGUCUCACACUUCCCCGCCACCGUUCCACGGUCGACCACACAGCGGUGCGCCGCCAACUUUCAUCCGCUCCCGACCACCACCACCACUUUUUUCCCCGCAGCACGGAAGCAGAAAAACAAUAGCUUUGUGCCGUUGAGGACCACUGACCAAGUGAAGUCUUUAAAGUGGGUGAGAAGUGUCGCCGCCCAAGAACAACUCCCGCCAAAACCCGAAACCUUGGACAUGCAGAAGCUGGUUGAUUUCCUGUACGAGGACCUUCCCCACCUGUUCGAUGAUCGAGGAAUCGAUCCGAUGGCGCACGAUGAGCGUGUCAAGUUCAGAGACGCCAUAACCAAGCAUGACACCAUCAGUGGUUAUCUUUUCAACAUCGCCAUGUUAAGGAAGCUUUUCAGCCCUAAUUUCCAGCUGCAUUGGAUCAAAUAG